CACUGUCAGUGCGGACAUGGUGCUCCGUGUUUAUUUUUAUUUUAUUUUUACUUCUUUCUAUUUUGUCACGUAAAGUAAAAAGUUGUAGAAAUAUAUAUUUUUAAGGGCGUUUAUUAACCGGAAAAACGUCAAAAAAAUUUCCAAGUCUAUAAAUCUGGAGCUGUGAGAGGCUUUGAAUUUUCAGACGAGCCAUCAAGAGAAAAGUCAAACUUUGCAAGAAGAACCAAAGAGAUAAACCAGCAUUGCUUGCAGCGCUCAGGACUGAAAGUAAAGGGGAUGCAAAACAAACCAGCAGCUGUGAAUAAGGAAGAAGACAUCCAGCAGUGACCAGCUUCCUCAGUGUCCCUUCCCAAAAUUCCUGUGAUUUCCUUGAACAUGUGUCAGAGAGGGAGAUCAACAUACGAGCAAAGAUGAACCCUUACGUCACGUCUCACUUCAGGAGGGAUCUUUUCCCCCACUUUCAUUUGUUGUAGACUUUUCUCAUCUCCUUACAUUUAAGGUUGUAUUUUUGUUUCUACAUUUACUCGUAGCUAUACUUGCUAUUUUAUUUUGUGUAUUUUUUGCACUUGAAUGUGCAAGUUUUUCUCUUGCAGUUCCUAAAUUAUUUGAUUUUGCACACUAUUCCUCAGCGCUACUAAUGCAGCCAGGCAUGGUAAAUAUGAGCAAAUGUUUUCUUUUAAUCAACCCUAUGAUUAUACACUUUGGAAAACUAAAAAAAGCAGUUCAGUAGUAGUUCACGUUAAUUCCUGUUAUCAAGUCUGUUAUUGUCGUUUAUUUUAUUAUCUUUAUUUUCAAGCGUGCUAAAGUCGUACUUUUGUGCUUUGGUUAAACCAGGUUGCUGAUUGACAGCCUCAAACCCAUCAAGGUAGCUGCAUGUUUUGUCAGCCUUUUAUUUCACCCCGCUCCACUGUUAGUGACUCUAUUUUUUUCAACAGUUGAUCUAUGUUCUGUAUUUUUCUCCACUUAAAACUCAAAACGCUGUUCCCCUGCGAGGCAGAUAAUGUUUUGCCGUGGUUGUCGCCCUCUCCUGUCCUCUUUCGUCUGCUUUAGGAGGUCUCUGCUGUAACAGGGGCUCUGACAGGCGCUAACACAGGUAACUGUGAAGUAAUCUGAAGUAAUAUUAGUUUCCUGAAGCAAAUUCACGAUGGCCGUCAGACUGAUGUGCAGACAGUUGGAGAGAAAAUGUGCAAUUGUUAAAGCUGUAACAUGAUGCAAAUGUCUGGCAGAAUUAUGGUUAUUUGAGUCAUUUUCUAGACUCUCAAAGGUAGCUGUAAAAACGUAUAAUUAUGUGUAUUAUACAUUAGUUACAUUUUUAAUUGUUUUUAUUUUUUCAUGCACAACUGAGAAGAACUUCAUCGUAAGAGUUUGCAUGUUUUUUUUUGUCGUUUUUGCAUGCUUAAAAUGAAUUGAAAUGUACUUUUGAUUUAGUCUGUAAUGCAAGUUAUUUUUUCUCUUUUUUAAAUGUAAGAAAGGACUAGAGCUGGACUUCCUUGAAUUGUUAUUUUCCUGAUCUGCUGGCCACUGAUAGAUUACAAGAUUUCCCUUGAAUUCCUUUUGGAGCUGAACAAUCCUGCAUGUUUCUGUUGUGAAUGCUGAUGUCAUUCCUGCUCGAUGCAGCCUUUUUGUGUCCCCCCAUGUUGUGAAUGUGCUUCUGUAUGACUUGAGUAGAGUUUUGACGAUGAUUACAUUCAAGUCUUCAAAGAAGCUGACUUUAAUUGCUGAAGAACGUUUAACUGAACCAAAAGACUGUCACGGUAUUGGAAUUGGAAUCCGGGAGAUUAAAGGAAACCAGUGAACGGAGGCCUUAAAAGAUGAUGUCCUCUGGUUGAACCUGCUCGGACAGACUGAAAGGACUGUGCUGGUUAUACAACACACAGCUUUGCUGACUGUAUCAAGGUAUAUUUUUUUUGAUAGUAAAUGAUGGGAGCUGCUCGUGUCAAACGGCGCUUCAGUGCUGUGGUGGAUGGGCCAGUUGAGGAGGAGGAAGUCAUGAGGCUGGCAACAAGCGCUGCAGACUCACCCAGGGCCGGGGGGAGCCCCACGGGGUCAGGGUCUCCAACCAGCCCGUCCCCAACGCUUCCUCUCAAUGGCGUAGUUCUGUCUCUUCAGAGCAACAAUGCGCGGAGACAGAGCACCAUUGAGGAGUCGGCUGAAGAAGGCGCCGGAGGAGAAGGUGGAGUGGGAGCAGGGAGAGUGUGCCUGGGGCAAACGAGUGCAAAGGGCGGCGGUGCAGAAGGGAGAGCGAGAGGCUGUUCUUCAUCAGACCAGGAUUCGCUUUCUUCCCCCUCCACCGCCAGCCGCCGCCGGUGCAAGCGCUCCAGCCGCCGGCCCCAAAAACGCUUUGUGGGCAAGGACGGACGCUGCAACGUCACCUUCGUCAACAUGAGCGAGCGGGGCCAGCGGUACCUCAGUGACCUCUUCACCACGUGCGUCGACAUCCGCUGGCGCUGGAUGCUGGUCAUCUUCACACUCUCCUUCAUUCUCUCUUGGCUGCUUUUUGGGUUCGCCUUCUGGCUCAUCGCUUCUGCACAUGGCGACCUCUCCAUCAGGCUCACCCCCAAUCCAGGAUCUCCUGUGGGAUCAGGAGACACUGGCUCUGGAGGAGGGUCCGGCAGAGAGGAGGUGGCGGAGGAGCCAUGCUUCCUCCAGGUUAACAGCUUCAUGGCGGCCUUCCUGUUUUCCUUGGAGACGCAGACGUCCAUUGGUUACGGGUUCAGAAGCGUGACCGAAGAGUGUCCCCUGGCGGUGUUGGCGGUCGUUUUGCAGUGCAUCGUGGGCUGCAUCAUUGACGCCUUCAUCAUCGGGGCAGUCAUGGCGAAGAUUGCCAAGCCCAAGAAGCGCAACGAGACCCUGGUGUUCUCUGAGACGGCUGUGGUGGCUCUGAGAGACGGCAAACUCUGCAUGAUGUGGAGGGUGGGGAACCUGCGCAAAAGCCACCUGGUGGAGGCACACGUCAGAGCACAACUACUAAAGCCAAGGGUGACGCCAGAGGGAGAGUUCCUCCCGUUGGAUAACGCGGACAUCAACAUUGGGUUUGACACUGGUACCGACCGCAUCUUCCUGGUGUCUCCAGUGACCAUUGUCCACGAAAUCAACGAAGAGUCGCCGUUCUUUGAGAUGGAUAAAAAGACUCUGGAAAAGGACUCCGAGUUGGAGGUGGUGGUCAUACUUGAGGGCAUGGUAGAGGCCACCGCCAUGACCACGCAGUGCCGCAGCUCCUAUCUCGCGUCUGAAAUCCUCUGGGGGCACCGCUUCGAACCAGUGCUCUUCGAGAGAAAAGACUGCUACCAGGUGGACUACUCAUUUUUCCAUCGGACAUAUGAAGUCCCGAACACACCGUCAUGCAGUGCGAAAGAGCUGGAGGAGCAGACAUACAUUGAAGGCUCGGGGUCGUCGUUUUGUUAUGAAAACGAAGUGGCCCUCCAGCACAUCUCCACUGAGGAGCUAGAUCAAGACCCUGAGCGUCCACCGCUGGCCGAACACCUUCACCACAACUGAAACUGGGAGGCUUUGAAAGGGGAAAUGACAGGAAGCUGACUGACGGUUCUACAGAAAGAUUAGGAGGUGAAAUGACAAACAGGAAGUGAUUCAAAAAUGGACUAAAGGAAAAUCAGGUUGAUAAGCAAUGCAAAAAAAGUUAGAAGCUGGUUUUGGUGUGUGGGUCAAAACCAGGUAGAAGAAAAGGACAGUGAUGGAAACUGUGGGGGGAGUUCAAUCUUUACUCUGACCUAGUUGUCUAAUUGGUCCUGGCAGUCUUUCAUUAUCAUUGAAAACCUGUCUGCUUCAUCUCCCAUCUGCCCCAUCUCCACCACAGCACUCCCUUUUGGCUCUGAUGACACGCAGCAGCACCACACUGUGGUUACAAGCUGCCACUGCCCCGCAGCUUGUUUUUCUGUUUGUUUUGCUUAAUCAUCUGGUGAUCUUUGCAUGUAGGUAACGGUAAAACUCAGGAACGACUUUGCUUUGUGAAGCUCAUCAUAUUAUUAUUUUUUUUUUUUAGCAUGGUAAGUAUGGAAACUUCACUUUUUCUUUAGAACUUUUAGGAAUAUAAUUCAAUGCAGGUUUGAGUCAAAGCAAAACAACAGAAAAUGGGAAAACUGCUGAAAACUUGCAGCAGUUUUUGGCAGUGUCCCUCAAUUGCAUGUUGUUUGUUUUUGGCUUUUAAAAAUGUACAAUUUAUUUAGGUUUUAAAUGACACCGGGACAAAUAUGUUGUGGAGAUAAUGUUUUGUUGUUUGCAUUUCUGUCUAGAGUUUUGCUCUUGUUUUAUGCUUAUAAAAUCCACUAUAUAUACAUUUUUCUCCAGACAUUUUUGCAUCUUCACUUUUUCAAGCUUCUUGGCACUUUUGUGAUACAGACUGAAACAGAAGGAGCUGCUCUUAUUGUCUCUGUAAAUGCACUAAAGACUUCAAUUUCCUUCAACUUGUUUGGACUUAAAAAAAAGACAUUUAAUAAUAAUAAAAUGCUCUUCUUCACCCGUACAAGUGGAGAAAAAACUGGAAUAGAUGCGACAUUUUUGUGCUGAAGGAUUUCCCUCGUUGACCUGAAUUUAUCACAGAUGGUUUCAAAACGGGAGAUAAUUCUUGUAGGUGGUGCCUUCACAAGAGAUUGAAUUUUGCAAGUGACCCUUCAUCAACUUCUGUUAAUUCCACUUUUAUUUUUUCUUUUCAUUGUUCAUAUGUCAUACAACAGUGUUUUUUUUCUUUCUUUUUGUUCACUUUAACAUUUGUGGUAUUAAAGUAUUCACUUUGGGUCUGUUAAGUGUUUUAGAAGUCCGUCUGUGGACAUAAAAGGUGACAAAAAGGGGUGCAGUUAAUUAAAUAAGUGUUUUAUUACAGAAUAUGUUGACGAAGGGCAUUUGAAGCAGUGAAAAACUCAUUACCUGUUGACUGAAACUUGUCCUUACGCACAUUUUGAGAACUUGCUCUUUGUACUUUGCACAAUUGUAAAAUAUAAAGGCUAAUAUCACUCUAAAACAGCACAAAGAAUUAGCAAAAGUUGUCUUUAGUUGAUCACUUGCUUUGUUUUGUUGUGUUACUGAAAAUAAAUAAGCCCCAAAACACUUA